UGGCAAUUUGGCAGGGCAGUGUUCUUCUUCUCUGCGUUUUUUUUUUCUUUCCCUCAUUCACCAAAAAUCAAUAAAUCUCCAUUGAUGCUAUAAUCAAGUUUGCAUGCAAUUGGAAAACAACUCUUGAGGAUUGAAGAGGACGAUUCCAUUAUGAAGAUGAAGGCUGCUGAAGAGGCUCUGGAAGAAAAACAGAAGGUAAAACCUUCGUUUGAACUUUCUGGAAAACUUGCUGCUGAAACAAAUCGAGUCAGAGGUGUCACUUUGUUGUUCAACGAACCACCAGAGGCUCGAAAACCUGAUAUUAAAUGGAGGCUCUACGUUUUCAAGACUGGUGAAAUGUUGAAUGAGCCUCUAUAUAUACAUCGCCAAAGUUGUUACCUUUUUGGAAGGGAAAGAAGGGUUGCUGAUAUCCCAACAGAUCAUCCAUCUUGCAGCAAGCAACAUGCUGUUAUUCAAUUCCGGAUAGUCCCAUUGAACCUCAACGGUAUUAUGAACUUAGGGAGCAGGAUACCAUCGAAUUCGGUAAUAGUAGCCGAGAAUAUGUAUUACUGCACGAGAACUCUGCUUCUGCUUAGUGAUGAUCUCUCCAAAUUUGUACCAUCCUGCUCAUCAGAAGUGAUCAAAACAACAUUGUAACAGUAGUUUUUCUAAUCAAGUCCAACUUUUGUGUAUUCCCUCUUUUCAGAUAGGGCAGUUUAUCUGAGUUUUUUUAAUAUUUAUACAAGACACAGAUUCUAACUCA